GGACGCUGCCAGUCAGAACCCGGAAGUAAGCCAAGCAGAAACGAUUAGCUGUUUAGUAGUUUAGUGGGUUACUGUUUACAACAGCAAAGCACUUUUUAGACUUGAAAAGUUCGACAUGGGAACUACGGCGAGUCAACUCUCGAAAGAAUCGCUCUCAGAAUAUCAGGAGCUGACCUUCCUGACAAAACAAGAAAUUCUUCUUGCUCACAAGAGAUUCACAGAACUGCUCAACAAAAGUGAGAAAGGCGAUCCAAAUGUCAGAAUACCGAUGAAUAAGAUUAAUAGUCUGCCUGAGCUCAAGUCCAACCCUUUCAAGGACAGAAUCUGCUGUGUCUUCUCAACCUCAGAACACAAAGAUGGAAGCCUCACUUUUGAAGACUUCCUGGAUCUUCUGAGUGCUUUCAGUGACUCCGCUACACUGGAAAUCAAAUCCCAUUAUGCAUUCCGUAUAUUUGACUUUGAUGACGAUGGAACCCUUGAUCGUAGUGAUCUGGAGAAGCUGGUUAACUGCUUAACUGGGGAGACGGAAGAGACAAAACUUUCCCCUGAUGAAAUGAGGCAGCUCAUCAGCAAUAUUCUUGAAGAGUCAGACAUCGACAAGGAUGGAACUGUGAACCUCUCUGAGUUUCAGCACGUCAUUUCAAGAUCACCAGAUUUUGUCAGUUCUUUCAAGAUUGUGCUGUAAAGACUUCCAGUCAACCCUGGAGAUGCCUUACCUUUUCAUUUUCAUGUAUAAUUUUUAAAUCAGAACAAUUUUAAAUACUUGCCUUAAAUUAUAUUUACCUGUGUAUUUUACUGCCUUAACUAUUUUAUGUGUCAUUUGUCAAAUAUAAGCCCUUUUUUAACAGCUGUUAAAAAUAAAAGUUU